GCCAAGAACGGCUGGAAAAUGUUCAUCAACCGCCGCACUGCCGUCAAGAAGAUCAACUCCCUGCCGGAGGUGCGCGGCGACCAGCUGAGGAACAUUGAGGACUGAUUUCAACCAUGGCACAACACAAAUUCAUUGACAUCGGGGUGAACCUGACAGAUCCCAUGUUCAGAGGACUCUACAGAGGGAAGCAGAAACAUGACGAUGACUUCAGUGAGAUCAUUGAGCGAGCUCUCAAAGUAGGAGUUGAAAAGGUAUGCUGUGUCCAUCACUUUGAUGAAACCUCAUACUUGCAGAUUGUUUCCGAGUAUGAAAAAUACUUUGAGAAGCAGUUUGACCUGGCGGAGGAGACCAAGCUGCCCAUGUUCCUCCACUGCAGAAACUCCCAUCAGGAGUUCAUCGACAUCAUGAAGAGAAAUCGAGAUCGAUGUGUUGGAGGAGUGGUCCACUCAUUUGAUGGAACUGCAGAAGACGCUGCUGCUGUCAUUGACCUGGACCUCUAUAUUGGAAUAAAUGGAUGUUCCUUGAAAACAGAGGCCAAUAUUGAAGCUAUGAAGUCGAUCCCCACAGAAAGGCUCAUGAUAGAAACAGAUGCCCCGUGGUGUGGUGUGAAAAACACUCAUGCCGGGUCCAAAUAUGUUAAAACUACAUUUCCCACAAAGAAGAAGUGGGAAGCAGCACACUGCCUGAAGGACCGGAAUGAGCCCUGUCAUAUCAUACAAGUCCUGGAGGUGAUGGCAGCAGCGAGGGAGGAGGAUCCACUGGAGCUGGGCAACACAAUCUACAACAACACUGUCAAAGUCUUCUUCAGCUCAAGCUGAUAAUAAAUGACAUCAUCAGA